AGAAAACUUUUUUAAGCUUGGGUGAGUUUUGUUUUUUUGCAAGUCAAUAAAUUUUUUUAAAUAUACACUAUAUAUUUUUUUCAACAUCCCUUUCUCUAAUCAUCAUCAUCUCGCAAGUUGCCCAUUGACCCGUAAAGAGGUCAUCUAAUCUCUUACUACUCUUACCACAUAAUCAUCUUGUACAUCAUCAUUACAUUCAUUCCGCACAAUGGGCCAAUUCCUCUCCAACCUCAACAUUCGCAACGGUACUGACGCUAUGGUACCAGACGUCGCUUUCGAUAUCGAGAACGCAACGCCAAAUGACGAAGAGCUUUUCUUGUAUAAUCAAAUCUCAUCCAUGCUGGUCCAACCUGCUCCGGAAUUGUUGAAUCAAUUGAAAAACUAUCAAUCGGCAUCUGAUCUUAUUCGUGCAGCCAUUGCGUCUCCCACGCCAGAAAACGAAAACCGUGCAUGGGAAGCCGUUUUGCCCAUUGUCGACAAAUUACGGGACUUUUACGAGUAUGCUGCUGAACUAGAGGAUUGCCUCCCCCAAUUGCUCAGUAUGCUCUGCUCGGGAGACGUGAACAAGAAUUUGGAGAAGUAUCAAGGUCUUACAAAGUUGUUGGCCGAGAUACUGGACUUCGUCUUUGAGUUUGAUUAUUUGAAGAUGCGUAACGCCAGCUUGCAGAAUGAUUUCUCAUACUACCGAAGAAUGCUUCAACGCGGUCGAUACAGUAACAAGAAUACCGAUGACGACGGUCAGCAGUCGGAUCUUCGCAACGCCAUGAUUGAAGACGAGCAAGCUAACCGCAUUUCAUUGUUUAUCGCUUACCCCACUCCAAUGCUCAAAUGCGUCAUCGACACCACUGCCAACUACGUUCUUAAGCACAGUGUUCAAAAGAGUGUUUGCGACUGUUUAACUGCCAUAUGGGCUUCCUGCUUCCUUGCCGUUAGCAAGAAGAGAAACCAACGACCGGAAACAGCCGCGUUCUGCCUUAAAGUCAUGGUUGUGUCGAUCAUCUUGUAUGAUCAUAUUGACCCCCAUGGUGCCUUCUCUAAACAAUCUCCCAUCAAUAUUAAGAACUCGGUAAAGUUGAUUCAGGCAAUCAACGUUUUUAAUAUUCCACAGAAUUCGAGUGCUUCCAACUUGAUGCCUGCCUUGCGCUACAACUCGAAGCAUCUCAAUGAUGACUCCACUCCCAAAGGAGUCAAAAACCUGGUCAUGGCGACAUAAUGGGCUCUUCUUCUUUAUAUCCCCCACUCCUCAUUCUCCUCUCUCAUAUUCGUUCGAUAUUGGUAUGUCUGGACAUGACAGUAUCGAAUGACAACGAGUGUAUUGAGUUUAAUUAUUAAUUAGAUAUUUACGCGGUUAUCUCUGUUCUUUGAAGUAUCUUUUUUUUUUUUUUUUU